AUGCAAUAUUGCCAUGAUCGGUCCGGAUCGACCCCCAUCGACCGACAAAAAUCUGGUCGACCAACCCCAGCACAUCGAAUCCACUGGCCGGCGGCUAUUUUGGGUGGCGAUUUGGCAAGAGGCUCCUGGCGUUGGGCACACGUUCCUUCGCGCCAUCAGCCCAGAUUGACCACUUCAACCGACUACAGUCUGUCCUCUCAGCCAAACAACGUUGGGUUGAAACGCCUAAGUCAACAAACAUCGACAUCAUCUCUACAAGUUCGAGUUCGAGAACCUGACUUGAUGUCGGUUCUCCCUUGGCAUGGGCCCACUUCGCCGAUUUGCUCACCGAAUCCUUCACCCAGCCAAUCGUCCGCUACCAUCUGGUCCCCUAACAUCAUUCAUCGCAACCAGACUAUACGUCCGUUGCUGCAACCAGACGGUAUGUCGGUUGCUGGACGACAGCGCAUCUCCUGGCGAAUACUCGAGCCCGGGAAUACGCACGGAGCUGCGACUGUUGUCAUUUCAUUUGACCCCACAUCUCCUGGCGAAUUGUCUGGUAGAGCGAGUUCAUACGGCAGCCCAGAUUGCUAUGGCCGCGAACAUUAUGAUGACAGCGACACCAAGUGGCUUUUGAAUCAACGGGAUUGUGCCUGUGCCAACGGUCGAUUCGCACAUGCCGACUUCACCAUUUGCCCCCAAUGGUGGUUCAGCAAAAUGGCCCACCUCACCUUCGUGCUCCGGCGACCACUCGAGCAGGACAUCAACAAGCACCCCCUUUCCUGGCUCUGGUGGGAUGUCCAACCGAGGCAUUUUAACCCUGUGGAAGGCUCAGCCUUCCAAGACUUGGGAACUCUCGAUGAGAAGAUCACGGGCAUCAUGAGGUCAGAGGCCAAAAAGCUCCAUUCCCAAGUAGCCGAACUCGCACGCACCAAAGACCCCAAAAUCUGUGGUGGUCUCUUCUUCGUGGCCAACCGGAUGCGUGACGCUUCAGGCUGCCUCUCACUCACAACAUUUUACUACCAGGAUCUGGUUUGGCACGUCGCCAGCUUCCAAAGGCUGUACAUGGAAACUCUGGCGAUGGUUGACUGGUUCAAAACCUGGGAGGCUCGCCUCCUUGAACCCAACCGACAGGCAUGUCAGUCGCAUUUUGAAGGGUUUCUUGGGGCAGAAGACCCAAAGCUGGUUGUGACGGAGCCGCAAAGUGGCUCCUCAUCCGUAGAGCCUGGGACGGGGCCCAGUCGAACAGACCGCGAAGUUCUUCGAGCAUCUCCUUACUCAAACCCUGCUUCGUCCUCAACAAAGGCUUCAGGGAGUAUGUCAGGUGCAUGCGUCAAUCGCGAUAAGUUUCGUGAGAUUGAGGAGGCCUUCAUACCCCCUCAAUCCCCGGUGUGGAAGAAGGCGCUGCAAAACGUGAAUCCCGACCCCUCCCGCAUCAAGUCCUCCAAAGAUCGUGUCUGUGGUUACCAGUUUCCCGACCCCUGGCUUUUUAUGAAGGGAACGAACCGCAAGGCUUUCACACUCGCUUGGCUGAUUUCGCGCAGCCAGUGGCUCCAAUCUUUCACGUCUGUCGAUUACUCUCUGUCGCCUGCGCCACACACUCAACACUGGCGCGAUUUUCUGUAUCAUUUCUCAAAGGAGAUGAAUCUUGUUCAUGGUUCGCGGGCCGAGGAUCUUCCAACAUCGCAACAGGGUAAGAAGGGUAAAACUCCGGCAAAGGGUGGUAGAAAAUCGGAAAAAUCGAAGCAGAACUACGCCAUCAAGCGAGGGGAGUCCCUAAAGAACGCUCAAACGACGUUUUUCGGACCCAGGGUUAAAUUGGGUGAACGUCUGCAUUCGAUCUUCUGGCGUGAUGUUUUGGUGAUGGAGGGGAAUACCGACAAUCUGAUGCUGGUGAUUACAGCAGAAAUCCUGUGGAACCUUUUCGAGCAAAACUUUCGUUUGGAGCUUCGUAUGGUUGACCAGCAAGUUUUACCAGCAAAUUGGGCCUCACAGGAAUCGGCAGCUGUUCGAGAUGAGUUGGUUCGGAGGACUUUCCCUGAGGACGAUGAUGGUCUUUUCAAUCCCCCCAAGUGA